UCCUCCUCUGAUGCCAGCCAACCAGGGAUAUGCGCGACCGACGGAUUCGCUAGACGGCGCAGACUCCAGAGCGCACGAAGACACUCUAGACCUGGAUGCAGAACUCGGGGAAGUCCACCUCGCUACUCCAGAAGAAAGGAAACGCCUGUGGUGGCGACAUGCUGCUACUAAUUUAUUAUUUAUCGCGUCGUGGUUCUUCUUUGCCAUAAUAUUGUCGGUCUACAACAAAUGGAUGUUCUCGGAUGACCACUUCCACUUUCCCUACCCUCUCCUCGUCACAACGUUCCAUAUGCUAGUACAAUUUCUCCUCGCUGCAGUUCUGCGCUACGCUUGGCCCCAGCACUUCCGGCCGGCGAAUAGUCCGAGCCGUACGGAUUACGGGACGAAGGCCGUUCCGACUGCGAUGGCCACCGGCCUGGACAUCGGUCUAUCGAACCUUUCGCUCAAGACGAUCUCGCUGAGCUUCUACACGAUGUGCAAGUCUUCGUCGCUCAUUUUUGUCCUCCUCUUCGCGUUCAUAUUCCGCCUCGAGGUGUUCUCGCUCCGACUGAUAGGCGUCAUCUUCCUCAUCUUCGCCGGCGUGCUGCUUAUGGUGGCCACGGAGACGCACUUCGUAUUUGGCGGCUUCUUACUCGUGCUGAGCGCGAGCGCUCUGGGUGGUCUGCGGUGGAGCCUUACUCAGCUCCUGCUGAAGAAGAAGGACAUGGGAAUGGAUAACCCCGCGGCGACGCUAUUCUGGCUAGCACCUGCGAUGGCUGUCACGCUCGGCGUGAUCAGCUUGAUCAUGGAUAGCUGGUUAUCGCUUCUCCAGAGCGAAUUCUUCGAGUCCUUCGGGGCGUCCAUGAAGACUAUAUUCUUUUUGACCGCUCCAGGGGUCCUCGCCUUUUUCAUGGUGCUAUCAGAAUUUUACAUCCUCCAACGCGCGGGUGUCGUCCCGAUGUCGAUCGCAGGCAUAGCAAAGGAGGUCACAACCAUUACAAUAUCUGCGUGGUUUUUUGGCGACGAGCUCACACCGUUGAACAUCACCGGUGUAGCCAUUACCGUCUCCGGGAUCGUGCUGUAUACGUACCACAAGUACCGUAAGAGCAUCGAGUCGCCGGUGCCACUUGACCCGCAUGGAAUUCCACUGAGCACGGAUGACGAGGCGCUCGGCGCGACGUACGAUGAAACUGUGCGCUUGACCUCGUCGGUUGGUGAAGGCGAUGAGCCGCGGACCUCGAGCCAAGUGCUGUUCUCCGCAGGCUUGGACGACGACAGUGUCCAACGCCGCAAGGACUCGCAGGAGGGCGGCAGCCAAGAACGAUGGGAGACGAAACAUGGGGUAGAUGCGUUGCUAAUGGACGAUGCGAGGCGCGAAUCUAUGGAUGCGGCUCGAGCCUGGAGUUCGCGACCAUAAUAUCGACGCCCGCGCUCUGUAUUCCGGACAGGGAAUACAAGGACUUACUUGUCUAUUAUUCGUGGGCCGACACCCUCACUCACCCCCAAGUGACCUCGGAGUCGGAGUCGUGAGUGAUUUUGGUACACGGUAUUCCUUCUGCUACCUCCGGCUGAACGGACUAAUCGGAAACAGAUGACUGAUUGACUGACUG